CUCUGCUCUCCCCUGGAAAAAUCUAUUUCCUACCCCGGUAGUUUCUUAUUUCUGUCUCCUUCGGCGGCAUUUCAGGAGGAUAGCAGCGGAGAUCCCGAAGUUGGGAAGUAGAGCGAACUGGGGUUAAUCGGAGAUCGCAGGAGAAGAUGAGGAAGGGAGGAUGGAACUCAGCGAAGAAGAGUUACUCGGUGUCAUCAGCGGACUACCGUUUGCUGGAGGAAGUGGGGCAAGGGGCAAGCGCGACGGUCUACCGCGCGAUGUAUGUUCCUUACAACGAGAUCGUUGCGGUCAAGUCCCUGGAUCUGGAUCGGUGCAACAGUAAUCUCGAUGACAUACGAAGAGAAGCCCAAACAAUGAGUUUGAUAGAUCACCCAAAUGUGGUCAAAGCAUAUUGCUCAUUUGUUGUUGAACGCUUCCUGUGGGUUGUUAUGCCUUUCCUGGCAGAGGGUUCAUGUUUGCAUCUCAUGAAAAUUGCUUAUCCAGAUGGUUUUGAAGAGAAUGUUAUUGGGUCCAUUCUUAAGGAAACUCUCAAAGCUUUGGAAUACCUUCAUAAGCAUGGACAUAUUCAUCGAGAUGUCAAGGCUGGAAAUAUUCUUCUUGAUAGUUCUGGUGUUGUAAAGCUUGCUGACUUUGGCGUUUCAGCUCAUUUGUUUGACAAAGGUGAUAGGCAACGCUCAAGGAAUACUUUUGUAGGCACGCCUUGCUGGAUGGCACCAGAGGUUUUACAGCCAGGAGGGGGAUAUGAUUUCAAGUUAGUAUUCUUCUUAUUUAAGAGAGCGUUGAAAAUAAUAUGAACUUUUCUACCGUAAGAAAGUGA